GCCGGACUCGGCCUCUGCCCCGGCGGGAGAGCCGCGGCCAUGGCGGACGGGGCGGACGGGCCGCCCUUCGACGCGCUGGUGCUGGGGGCCGGCAUCCAGGGCUCCUUCGCCGCCUACCACCUGGCCCGCCGGCGGCUGCGGACGCUCCUGCUGGACCAGUUCCCGCUGCCCCACACCCGCGGGAGCUCGCACGGCCAGACCCGGAUCGCCCGCAGCGCCUACCCGCGCGACCCCUACCCGGGCCUGAUGGCCGAGGCGAAGCGGCUCUGGGCGGCGCUGGAGGCGGAGGCCGGCACCCGGCUGCACAGACCGAUCCUCACCCUGGUGGUGGGGCACCAGGACAACCCUGAGUUCCAAAGCCACAGAGAGACCAUGGAGCGCCACCGGGUGCCAAGCGAGAUCCUGACCCCCCAGCAGCUGGCCCACCGGUUCCCAGGGAUCCGCCCUUACGGCGGGGAGAUGGCUGUAGCUGACCACACGGCGGGCGUCCUGUAUGCCAACAAGGCGCUUAGGGUUGUGCAGGACCUCUUUCAAAGCCACCAAGGGACCCUGAGGGACGGGGAGAAAGUUCUCCGCAUCUUCCCGGGACCAGUGGUGACAGUCACAACCAAUCGUGGCAGGUACCAGGCAAAACGCCUCGUGGUGACAGCUGGUGCAUGGACAAGUCACCUGCUGGCCCCCCUGGGGCUGCAGCUGCCCCUUCAGCCACUGCGCAUCCGAGUCUGCUACCUGCGGGCGAAGAAGCCGGGCCCACAGGGCCUGCUGGGGCAGCCUCCGUGCUUUCUGGGCAUCGGCCUCAACCAGGACAAGCACCACUUCUACGGCUUGCUGGCUGGCGAGUACCCGGACCUGGUCAAGGUCUGCUACCACCACGGCUCCCCCACAGACCCCGACAGGCCCAACCAGCAGGGCCGGGCCUCUCCCCCAUUGCCUGACCUCCAGCGCCUGCAGGAUUUUGUGAGCAAGUACCUGCCGGGCCUCGAUCCGGAGCCUGCCGUCCAGGAGUGGUGCUUAUACACGAACACUCCUGACGGGGACUUCAUAUUAGAUCGGCACCCACAUUUUGAAAACAUUGUAAUUGGAGCCGGGUUUUCAGGCCAUGGCUUCAAGUUUGCACCAGUUGUGGGAAAGAUCCUUUGCGAACUGAGUCUGGGGGAGGAGCCUGCUUUUGAUCUCACCCCGUUUCGGCUUAGCCGCUUCCAGGCCCCGCUUAAAGCCAGCCUAUGAGCUCCACCCGGCAUUGCCAAGGAGAGGCCAAACAUUCCUUCACGGCAAUCCAUCCAAACUGGAUCCAUGGCUUCAGCUCUGCAGUUCCAGGCUGCAAAGAUCCUGAUGGCUGCAAAGCUUCCUGGUGGUGCCAAGGGAAGGGGUCCCUUAAGGCUGAGGAAGUGAAGAGCCCCCUCCCACAGUGCUGGGCCAGGAGAGGGUCUCCCACGCGGUGUGCUUCCUAUUAAAGGGAUCUGCUGAACAGGC